AUGUUCACCCUGUUCGUUACUGUCAAGAUCAAGGAAGGCCGUCGCGACGAGUUCAUCGCGGCCACCAAGGGCGAUGCCGAGGGAUCCAACACCAAGGAGCCCGGCUGCAUGAGGUUCGACGUUCUGGCAGACAACAACGACCCAAACACCUUUUACCUUUAUGAGGUCUACGAAAACCGCGACGCGUGGGAGACUGCCCACCGCGGCAUGCCCCACUACACUGCCUGGCGCGAGGCUGUCGGCGACUUCUUUGACGGCGACCUCCAGCGCGUCGAGGCCACCACGGUGUUCCGCCGCGAGGACUUCGCCUAG